AUGGCCGACGGGGGUGAGAAGAUCAAUUCCUUCCAAUCCAUGAUACUUGACCUCCCACCCAGCUGCGUCGAGAUCUGUCCUCGUUAUCCCUCGCAUUUUCUGGUGGGUACAUAUUACCUUGAGACGAGCGAAGCAGAAGCGAAGGAUACGGAGAAGGACAACGACGGGGCCGAUGUCGAGGUUGAGGCAAGGCAGGCCCAGAGCAAGUCAGGGAGCAUCAUCGUGUUCGAGCUCAAGGAUGGACAGGCGCAUGUCUCUCAGCACAUAAAACAGACAGUUCCUCAGCCUUCUGCGGUCUUUGACCUGCACUUUGCGCCACAGGCAGACCGGGGAGAUAUUUGUGCCGCGGUCUCUAGCACCGGCACCAUAUCCUUCUUCAGACUGAUCCCAGACCCACCAACAUCAACCGAGAGGACAGAAGAUGGGCAAUAUCUCCAGGCUCUGAGUGUCCUCAGGAUCCCACGGCUGCCCGAGGAUGACUCGUUCACCUACUUCAUCUGGCACCCAGAAACCCCAGGCCUCAUGGCCAUCACCACCUCCACGGGGAAAGUGAUCCUCGCCCGCGUGCAGAGCGACUACAAGAAGAUCAAGAGACUCGGCACCAUCCUCAAGCACGAGGCGGAGGCCUGGUGCGUCGCCUUCUCACCGCUCUCACGUCGAGCACUCAGCUCAGAGGUAACGCUCUCGACGGUGUUCUCGGGCGGCGACGACUUCAAGCUACUGCUCCGCACCCACAUCACGAGCACAGACACUCAAGAAGUCAAGCCUUCAGACCCAGAACCCGCCGCGUCCUCCGGCUCCGACUUCGAGUCCGAGCAGGAUUCCGCGCCGCCCCGCGAUAGCCAGGUCAUCCGCCACGACGCGGGCGUGACGGCUAUCCUGCCGCUGCCCCUCAGGACCUCGGACGGAUGCGACAUCGUUGUGACGGGCAGCUACAGCGACCAUAUCUCGGUGUGGGGCGUCUUUCCUCCCUACAAAUACCACGGCGUCUCGGUGCUCAGAAAGCUGCUGAAGAGGAGGGACCUCGGCGGCGGCGUGUGGCGGCUCAAGGCCAUCGAGGAGCUUAGCGAUUACCCCGCGCACAGCUGGACGGUGACUCUCUUGGUGUCGUGCAUGCACGCCGGCGCGAGGGUCGUCCGCCUCGAGGGCAACCCCGCCGCCGUCAACAGCAUCGAGGUGCUCUGGCGCUUCGAGGAGCACGAGAGUAUGAACUACGGGAGCGACUACACGUGGGUCGACCGGCGCGAAUUCUUCGGCGAGGGGGAGGGGAGGAAGAUCGUGUGUGUUUCGACCAGUUUCUACGAUAAGAAGCUUUGCCUGUGGACGUUUUGA